GGGGUCCUGCAGCGCUCGCUCGCGCUCGGGGGAGGCUGAGGCGGCAGGAGCGGCAGCAAUGGCGGAUUUCGAUGCUUAUGACGACCGGGCCUAUAGUAGCUUCGGGGGCGGCCGCGGGUCUCGUGGCAGUUCCACCAUUGGUGCACGUAAACAGAAAGAGCUUCCAACAGAGCCCCCCUUUACAGCAUACGUUGGUAACCUCCCCUUCAACACAGUUCAAGGAGAUAUUGAUGGCAUCUUCAAGGACCUCAGUAUAAGAAGUGUGCGACUAGUCAGAGACAAAGAGACAGAUAAAUUUAAAGGAUUUUGUUACGUAGAGUUUGAAGAGGUUGAGUCACUUAAAGAUGCUCUGACGUUUGAUGGAGCACUUUUUGGCGACCGGAGUCUCCGAGUGGACAUAGCUGAAGGCAGGAAACAAGACAAAGGUGGUUUCGGUUUCAGAAAAGGUGGUGGUCCAGAGGAUAGAGGCAUGGGCGGAAGUCUGCGAGAAUCGAGAGGAGGUGGAUGGGAUUCCAGAGAUGACUUCAGUGCUGGUUUCAGAGAUGAUGACUUCCUAGGAGGCAGAGGUAGAAUGCGUCCUGGAGAUCGACGAGGAGCUGGUGCCCCACCCAUGGGGGGCACAGGUCGUUUCAGGGAUGGUCCACCAAUACGUGGGGCUUCUAUGGAUUUCAGAGAGCCAACAGAAGAGGAAAGAUCCCAGAGGCCCAGACUUCAGCUCAAGCCCCGGACAGUCGCUACGCCCCUCAAUCAAGUAGCCAAUCCCAAUUCUGCCAUCUUUGGUGGAGCCAAGCCAAGGGAGGAAAUAGUAAAGGAGCAAGACUGAGGGCACUCAGGGGGCAAGAGUGGGGGAAACGGGAUUGAGGGAGGGGCUG